CAAGCCUGGACCUUUUCUCCUUCUUGAGCAUUGCGACACCGAGAUAUUCUCAUUUUCACGUCGCUGAGCUUCAGACUACUCUCUUGAGACAUUUCGACCCGCGCCUUCCUGUCGCCAUGGCUUUGCGACAGCUUACGUCCGCACCGAAGGUCGAGGACUUCACCCCACUCCAAGAGCACCAGGAACAGACACCCAGCACCUUCUUCGGCGCGAAACCAGUUCUCUAUGCGCGGCAUUCGGGAUUGACGCUCUCCGCAUCAGCUAGCAAGCUCCAAGAGGAUCCUGCUUUCCAGCAAUUCAAUUCUAUUCGCGACGGCGACAGCGAGGAUGCCCUGAUCCAGGACGUGGAGAUCUGGGUAAACUCCGAGAACCUCAUCCUCUUCCAGAAUGCGCCCACACCCAUGGGCAUUUCCAUCUCCUACCCCUCCAUCGCCCUCCAUGCAACCAUGAAGUGGAAAUCUCAAGUCGAAGCGCUUCUAAUGAACAUCUCGCUCAACGACGCCGAAACCGUCAACGCAGACGAAGAUAUCAACAUCCUCGAGCUGAUCGUCCUGCCGCCUAAUUAUAACACCACUCCGGAAACCACAUGCAUCAAGGCGAUCUUCAGCGCGAUGAAUACGUGCGCUGACUUACAUCCUGAUCCGAACGGCUCAGAUGCUGGAGAGGAGGACGAGACAGCGCCGGGAGCUACGGGCUGGAUUACGGCGGAGAAUAUGGAUCAGUAUUUGGACGAAGACGGGAAUUUUAGAGGUGCGGUGAUUGGCGGCGAGGACGAGGACUUGGGCCCCGGAGCGGGGUCUGUCAGGCCGAGGGAAGAGGAUGAUGAGAAAACCAAUGGUGUCAAUGGAGUGGGUGGGGAUGGUCAUGAGGAGAAAUAUCAGCGCACCGGCUAGAUGGCUUUCUACCUGCCGUACAGCUGAGGGAUACCCAUGAGAAUGAUGGUGCGUAAAAAGAAUGGCUAGCAUAGGCCGCGGUCUCCUGUAGCAAGGCCGCCGUGUCCUGAAGUCGGAAGAGUGAAGUCCGCCGGAUACCAGUCACUCAAGAACGACUGAUGGAAUGGGGUCUUCAAUGCCAAUGCCGUUCGUAACU